GUUUGUUGUCACGGUCACAUGUUCAAAUCUAGUCGAUCAGCUGACUGCAUCCCUUCCCUUUUGAUGGUUAGAUUUUAUUUCCUCAAUUGAGCGAGUUCGGGGUCUGAAUAACAUAUUAUUUAGAGUAUUCAGACCGUUCGGCGUCAAUUUUAAACACCAAACUGAAGGUAGCAUAGUGAGAUAGCCCGCAAAAUAUCGCGGUUUGGGUGAUCAUGAACGGACACGCCAUUCUUUACACCGGGGUCACUUUGGCCUUCUGGAGUACCAUUCUCAUCGUCGGUAAGAAUUUGUUUUUGCUAUAUUUGCUAGCUAGGGAAAUGGGGUUAAUGAUGAUGCCAAAUAUAUAAUGAAUUCGGUAAAUAUAUGACUUCCAUUCAUUUGAUUGUAAAUGUCUGUGUCGUGCUUCACAGACAGUGUUGCUUGCCAGCUAACGUUAGCCUGUUGCGCUAGUUAGCGGCAAUGGCGUAAACUAAACUGGGUCUGCAAUUAUAUGCUAGAUAGGUAAUAGUUCUAUGUCAGGCAGGCUAACUGACUAACUUCCUCGAAUUACAUGUUGUUGUUUAACUUUGGCACUGUCGUCCAAAAAGUAGAUUAUCUAGGUAUUCGUUUGUAAGAAUUUGACUAAACGUUUGUAGGAAUUAACGUCAGCUAGUUACCUAACAAGUAAGCUAGCUAGUUGUUAGCUAGCUAGUUGUUAGCUAGCAUAUCACUGCAGAGCCUGUAGUCUGUUUAAUCAGGCUGUAAUACACAAUAAAUUGGUGUAUAUACAGCCUGACGCUAAUGCCUACAAAAUCCUGUAAAUGUACCUUACAAGUAAGAAUGUUUAAUACAAUUACAUUUAAAUUUACUCUACCGGUUGUCUUUGCGGGUUGUCCUUCCUCUGUUUGAGACACAAUAUCCACAGGAAAGUAACUGGUAGAGUAAGUUUAAAAGUAAUUUUAUUAGACAUUCUGGCUUGUAAGGAACAUUUACACGAUUUUGUAGGCAUUAGCUUCAGGCUGUAUAUACACCAAUUUAUUGUGUAUUACAGCCUGAUUAAUCAGACUAGAGAGCCAAAUAGUUAGCUGAUGUUCGAUUGCAUAAGGCUACCCUGGACGAAAACGUUAAAAGCAUACUGUUAAGUAUAUACAACUUUGUUAGUUAAAUAAAUAAUUUAUAGUAGCCAAAGUUAUGCAAUGCCAUAGCUAGCUAGCUCACUUGCUUGGUUGCUAGAGUCAGGAAAAUGGGAACUGAAACACUUCUCAUGUGGGGGUGAGCUAUCACACUUAUCUUCUGACACUUAGUCAUUUCUCUGACACGUUUUUGUUCUGCAGCUGUGUGGCUUCGCGUGUACUGUUACUGUACUGUACUGCAACACACAAAUGCAUAAACCCAUGAAAAUGUUUGCACACUUUUGUUCUGCAUACUUUGCAAUGCAUUACCUGGAUUGGUUUUGUUUUUCAGGUAUUUGCUACACAAUCUUCAACCUUGGAUUCCGCUUUGAUGUGGCAUGGUUAGUAUGACACACAAUCCCUUGUCUUAGAACAUAAUAUCAUAGACGUAAGAAUAGAAAUCUGUCUUUAUAUUCUGAGCCUGGUGCUGAUUACUGGUGGUAGAAUUUCAGUCAGGUGUUUUUCCCCCAGAAAUAUUAGCCUAGACUAGAACAUGGAACGUUUGAUUUUCAUGGUGAAAUUGUGCUUUCUCUCUCCCACAGGUUUCUGACAGAAACCUCACCCUUCAUGUGGGCGAACCUUGGGAUUGGCUUGGCCAUCUCACUCUCUGUUGUUGGAGCUGCUUGGUGAGGACUCUUCAUUUCUGCCUUUGAGUGUUUCUUCAGAAGAGAUUGUCCCAUUUUGAAUAGAGAAGUUGUGAAAUUUGACUUGAACAUUUAAAUAGCAACUAGUGUCUUGUCCCCUUCCUCUUCCCCAUUCCGUUUAGGCUAAAUUACUCUUCUUGGAUGGCAUGUUCUGUUAAUGUUUAUACUGAAUUGUGUCCUCCUUGUUUUACAGGGGCAUUUACAUCACAGGUUCCAGUAUCAUAGGAGGUGGUGUAAAAGCACCACGGAUUAAAACAAAGAAUCUGGUCAGGUAGGCUAUUAAUAAGAGAAUGAAACCAGUCCCUCCCUCCCCCAAUAACAGCUAUUUUUCCAUUUCCCCCUCCCAACUCAGACCACUUCAAGACAGUACUAGCAACAUUCUUGCUUGAGAAAUUGCUCUAGCUAAGAAGCAAUUUCUCUUUAUUUUUGACAAUUUAAAGCUACUUUUUGGGCGACCUGGCCAAAUUCACAUAGAAAUGUGAGUUAUAGAUUUUUACGUUUUUUUAAGCAAGUCUAAGAAGCGGUAGAUGUUCUAUAUGUGCUAUUUCUGUGCUUCCCGUUCUGAAGUGUUUUUUUUUUUUUCAUCUUUACUUUCGGUGUUGUACACCAGCUUUAAACAGCUGAAUAUACAAUAUUUUUUGUUAUGGAAAAUAUAUUUCACUGCGGUUUAGAUGGUACAAUAAUUCUCUACACAAUGACUGCUUGUUUUGUCACAAACUGAAAUUACGCAAACUAUUAGAAUUUUAGCAACCAGGAAAUGGCAGCGAUUUGUGCACAGUGCCUCUUUAAGAGAUAUUUGGUAAUACUGCCACUGAACACAAGGGGCACUAUUUUUAAAGUUAAACAAGUAACUGAAAAAUGCUACUCAGUUUGCUGCAUGCACAAAACAAAUAUUAGACCACAAGGCUCUUGAUCCAGGAGGGGAUUCUCUGCUUUUACCAAGCGAAGCUUGAUUUUGGAAGAAGCUAACCACUUAGCUAGAUGGCUAACUAUUCUGCUAAAUGACUAAAAUGUAGCUACUAAAUUUCCAAACCAAAUGCACAACUGCAGAGCAUUUAGCACAUUUUAGACAGUUAACAUAUUAAUUAUAAGAUAUCUAGCUGGCAAACAUUUAGUUGUGAAUUCCAUACUGUAACUAGAUCACCUGGCGCGUGCGGCACAACAGUGAGUGACUCACAAGGCUCCGGUCUGUCGACAUUGUGUGCUUGUAAACAAACACCACGUGAGUGGUGACUACUUGUAAGCUUCAUAAUGAAAAAUUAUGUAACAAUUGAAAUGAAGAACACAAUCUUCUCCUAACGUAUUGCACAAGUUGACUGCAGGUUGUAGCUACUUAAAAAGUAGCUACAAAUAUUCAAAUGUAUUAAAAUAAAUAGUUUUGAAGGUAUUUAAAAACUAUACCGUGGCUAUUCCCAAAUACCCCGGUAUAUGGUCUACAACCCAAGCCUACACAGUAAGGUACUUAAUUGUUACCCAGAAAUGAAUUGAUAUUGAGAUAAAAACGGCUGCAUUGGGCUUUUAAGAUGAAUGCACUAACUGUAAGUCGCUCUGGAUAAGAGCGUCUGCUAAAUGACAAAUGUAAAUAGAGCAUACAAGGCCUAUUUCUCAGGCCCAGAUUAAGCCUAGACAUUGACUAAAAAGCAUUUUCCAUUGACCGUGCUUUUUAGUCCAGGAAUAGGUUUAAUCUGGGUCUGAGAAACCGGUCCAUUAUGACACAGAUUCUACAUGUUGGCGUAAAACUUGUAUAUCUGUAUGUGCAUACUGUAUUAAGUCCGCAUCUUUCUGAUCAAUGUACUACUGUGUUAAAUGCUGUGGUUGUCUCCUCCUAUCCAAAGCAUUAUCUUCUGUGAGGCUGUAGCCAUCUAUGGGAUCAUCAUGGCGAUCGUUAUAAGUAACAUGGCUGAGGUAAGCAAGAGGGGGAUGGCAUACUUUGAUCAUUUGUGCCCUUUUUUAAUUUUGACUAGUGAUUAUGGUAUUAUGGUGACCGGAUUCCAAAUGGCACCCUAUUCCCUAGUGUACUACUUUUGACCAGAACCCAAUGGGCCCUGGUCAGAUGUAGUGCACUAUUGUACAGUGCAUUCGGAAAGUAUUCAGACCCCUUCACUUUUUCCACAUUUUGUUACGUUACAGCGUUAUUCUAAAGUCCUCUUUAGGUGCCUUUUGGCAAACUCCAAGCGGGCUGUCAUGUGCUUUUUAAUGAGGAGUGGCUUCCGUCUGGCCACUCUACCAUAAAGGCCUGAUUGGUGGAGUGCUGCAGAGAUGGUUGUCCUUCUAGAAGGUUCUCCCAUCUCCACAGAGGAACUCUGGAACUCUUUCGGAUUGACCAUCGGGUUCUUGGCCACCUCCCUGACCAAGGCCCUUCUCCCCCGAUUGCUCAGUUUGGCCGGGCGGCCAGCUUUAGGAAGAGUCUUGGUGGUUCCAAACUUCUUCCAUUUAAGAAUGAUGGAGGCCACUGUGUUCUUGGGGACCUUCAAUGCUGCAAAACAUUUUUGGUACCCUUCCUCAGAUCUGUGCCAUGACACAAUCCUGUCUCGGAGCUCUACGGACAAUUCCUUUGACCUCAUAGCUUGGUUUUUGCUUGACAUGCAUUGUCAACUGUGGGACCUUAUAUAGACAGGUGUGUGCCUUUCCAAAUAAUGUCUAAUUACAUUUACAUUUUAGUCAUUUAGCAGACGCUCUUAUCCAGAGCGACUUACAGUUAGAGUGCAUACAUAAUUAUUUUUUCUUAUUUUAUUUAUUUAUUUAUACUGGCCCCCCAUGGGAAGCGAACCCACAACCCUGGCGUUGCAAACGCCAUGCUCUACCAACUGAGCUACAUCCCUGCCGGUCAUUCCCUACCCUGGACGACGCUGAAUUAUUGAAAUUAUUUUUUAAUUUGCAAAAAAAUCUAGCCUGUUUUUGCUUUGUCAUUAUUGGGUAUUGUGUGUAGAUUGAUGAGGAAAAUAAUUAAUUUAAUCAAUUUUAGAAUAAGGCUGUAACGUAACAAAAUGUGGAAAAAGUGAAGGGGUCUGAAUACUUUCCGAAUGCACUGUAUGUAGGGAAUAGGGUGCUAUUUGGGACUGAACCUGUGGCUCCUAAUUGUAGCCUCUCAGAUAUGACAUCUUGGAGUAGAUCCCUGAUGUGUGUGUGAUACUAUAGUAGACUGCUCAGAUUUCAUUAGAGACCUAUUGCUUUACAUCUCUCUUUUUAUAGAGCUUUAGUGGCACCACACCAGAGACUAUUGGGGCAAGGAACUACCAAGCAGGUAAGAAAUUAAUGGUUGGCGGGUGUUGAUUAGCCUGGUCCCAGAUCUGUGUGUGCUCUUGCCAACUCCAUUGCUGUGAUUUUCAAUCCAAACAAUGUUUGGCAUGACAACGAGUUGGCAUGAUGGCACAAACACUGGCACUCAGGCUAGGUGUUGAUUGGAACCAGUCCUUAAAUUCCAAUGUGAUAAAGGCAGGCACAAGUAAACUAGGCACAUUUUCCCAUUGGCUUAGUUAAACAGUGCAAUGAUCAAAUCCAGCUGAAGGAAAUGCUGUGUUGUUGUGAUUGCGUUCUCUCCUAACAGGCUACUCCAUGUUUGGCGCUGGUCUUACUGUGGGAUUCUCCAACCUCUUCUGUGGCAUCUGUGUUGGCAUUGUUGGUAGUGGGGCCGCCCUGGCAGAUGCUCAGAACGGCAGCCUCUUCGUUAAAAUCCUUAUUGUGGAAAUCUUCGGCAGUGCUAUUGGGCUAUUUGGAGUGAUUGUGGCCAUCUUGCAGGUAACUGACAUUCUUUUGAAAUGGUUUUCUUUCACCCCUUGAUUGGUUGAAUAGCAUAAUAUUCUAUCAUAUUCAGUAGCUGAUUGCAUCAACCAAGUAUAGGUUUGUUUUAUUACAUACUUGGUCAAAUGUAUUUUUCUUGUAGACGUCGAAAGUAAAAAUGGGUGACUAGAAGAUUUAUCCUCAAGAUAUAAGAUCAAGAUGACAAGAUCUAUGGAAGACCAAGCUGGAGAAGCAGAUGGAUUGUGUAAAUACAUAGUAAAUUAUUUAAAUGUAUUUUUUGUCUUUGAUUGUUUUUAACCAUAAUUUGCUGAAGAGUGACAUAUUUGCACCAUUUUGUCUUAAAGGAAUGCAGCCAAAUGGUUAGAUUAAACUGCAGGUGUUUAAGACAAAAUCCUAUCCCUUUUGAAUACAAUUGGUCUUCAUAGUACAGUAGUACAUAUAAUUUAAUCUCUAGCAAACCUCAUGGCUUUCCGCACAUACAUUUACUGUUGUAUCAAAUCUAUCACUAUUGAAA